GUCAGAACUGUUUGGGAUUAGCUAUAGCUGUUCUACAAGAAAAAAUGUUACACUUAAUACCUCCAAAUCCUCGAUUUACCACAGAAAUAAGAUAAAAGUAAGGGAUUUAACCCUUUCAAACGUUUCGAGCCGAAAUAAGUUCUGCAGUUAUUCUAUUUAUUAUAUGUUUAUGCUACAAUUAGCAGCCGGACCCCAGCUAACAGCAGCGGUAUUGCUUUAAAUAGCAGCAGUGACGUAUAACUAAUAUCAAAUAUUAAUUUAUAUGGUUCAUGCGAUGUAUUAAAAUGUUGUACACUGGAAUUAUGCUUGUCUUUAUAAUAUAGGUGAAACGAUGGUGACGGUUACUUUGCCCACAUUUGCUAGCGCGCGACGUUGCUAUGGCAACAAAAGCAGAGCGCUUUAAUUAUAAACAACGAAGCUGUGUGCAGUUUCUAAUUAGUUGACAGCUUUGUUGGUUACAGUAGGAGCGUUCAAAUAUCCUCGCUAGCAGUGUAGAUUGCAGAUGUUUAGUAACAUUAGUCCCUGUAAUCAACAGUAGAUACAUUCUGAGUUCGGAAUGCCAUACUACCCUUACUACUUCUGCCACUCUUAAUCCUCUCGUCCUUUAUAAGAUAUUUUUGAGCCACAAGGUGAUGAUGGAGGAGCCAGGAACCAUAGCAGUGACAGUGAAAACCCUGGAUUCCCAGAGCAGGACGUUCACUGUCAGGGGAGAGUGGACAGUGAAGCAGUUUAAAGAGCACAUCACUUUUGCUGUUGAAAUCCCAGUGGAUAAGCAGAGGUUGAUCUACCAGGGUAAAGUGCUGCAGGACGAGAGGACACUCGCAGAAUACAAUGUUGAAGAAAAAGCCAUUCAUCUUGUGGAGCCUCGUCAGAGCAGUCAGUCUGGGUGUGCAAGAGGCAGUGUUUCCAGCUCCUCAGGUGCAGCGGAUGGGGGAUCCACCUCCUCUCAAUCCUCCACCUUUUCAGGAGCUUCCCACAACCGUAAUUCCAACAACUACGUCAUGCUGGGAACUUUUAAUUUACCAGUGAACAUCAUGGAUCAACAGAAGAUACAGAUGUCAGUGCAGCAGAUGCUUGCUGGUGUUCGAGAAAUGGGGCAGAAUGUCAGAUUGAGCACCAGCACAGGAAGCAGUGGCUCAGUGGAUGUCCACAUCAAUGUGGACCAAUCGAUGCAGAGCGAGCCCAGGAUGAGGCUCCAGUUGGCAGAAAACUUACUGCGAGAGAAUCAGGCUUUAAUCCACAGACUUGAGGGUCAGUCAAGUGAAGUAUCAUCUCAACAAGCAACAGAACCACCUUCCUCUUCAUCCUCCACGUCACAGACAGAGGGACCAACUCACUCUGGACCAAAUAACCCGAGCCCAUUGGAACUAGUGGAAGUUCUUUCAGAGGUGCGGAGGGUGGAGGAGAGACUCCGUCCUUUCAUGGAGAGGACUCACUCAAUCUUUGGAGCUGCCAGUUCUGCUGAUUACAAUAACAAUACACAAGAACGAGAGGAAGAUCAGUGCACUCUAAAUUUGAUCGGAGAAUCACUCCAUCUCCUUGGCAACAUCUUAGUGGCUCUGAGUGACUUUCGCUGCAAUUUAUUUACUCAACCUCCCCACUAUUUACACGUGGUUCGGUCAAUAUCUCACUACACCUCCCCUGUUGUACUGCAGAGUGGACUGCCUCAAAUUCCAAUUCUGGUGAACCUUGGCAGCACUGGCACUAUGACCUCAAAUGACAGACAGGCCCAGCCCUCUCAGCCCAGCAGCCAAUCAGAGCAACAGAGUCAGGGACAGGCUCCUGCCCCUCCACCUACUGGAGCCAAUCAACAAACUAUUAUGCUACUAUCUGAAAGUAUUAUGGGUUUCUUUGGAGAUCUUCUUUCUCUGGUGUGUCAGAGUUUCUCCAUUGUGGACAUGGUGGUGCUGCUGCAUGGUAAUCCUCAGCCUCUGAGCCGCAUCCAGCCUCAGCUCACAGCCUUCUUCACGGACCACUAUCUGCAAUACCGAGAACCCACCGACCCCAACAUAACUAGAGCUGCUGAUGAUCUGAUCAAUGGACUGGAAGAGUAUAUUGCAGAGAAUUUUUCCACAGUGACUGUUCGAGAGGGAGUGAACAUCAUCCAAACCAACAUGUCCUUCCUGAGACAGCAGUUAACAUGCAUGGCCACACACAUUAUGUUCUGCACAGAUAACACAUUUGGACAGCGUCUGCUGUAUCUGUGCACUCAGGGGCUGUUUGAGUGUCUGGCCCUUAAUCUUUACUGCUUGAGAGGAGAGCAAAGGUCUCUAAUCACCAUCAUCAACCACAGUAUUAGGAGGAUGUCAACAGAAGUGAAUCCCAGUCUGGUGAACUGGUUGACCAGUAUGAUGUCCAUGAGGCUGCAUGUGAUUCUGGAGCACAACCCAGUUACUGAAGAUCAGAUCCAGCAUUAUGUCAUCUACACACAGCAGAGCGUGUCUUCUCAGAGAACAGACUCACAAGCGGACCAGCAGUCAGAGAGUGUAGAGAUGGAGGAGAGUCUGUCUCCUGCCCCUGCUACCACUGCGGAGGAAGUCAAGGCAUCCACAGGAAACAUUGCUGAUGGUGAAGAACCACCACGCAGGCCAUUAUUAGAGGAGACACGAGGAGCCGUAGCCUUGGCAACAACAGAGUCGUCGUCGUCAAAUGGAGAGGUGGAGCCAUGGGUAGCCGCAGUUCUACCUGAGUGGGUACCCAUCAUAAGACAUGACAUGCUGACACAGAGGAAGAUGAAAGCACAGCAGCCUCUGUCUGAUGCUUAUCUGCAUGGAAUGCCAGCCAAGAGGAGAAAGACCACACAGGGUGAGGGUCCACACCUCUCUCUUUCUGAUGCCGUAAGUCAAGCUGCCAGAGUUGCUGGAGUUCAGCCUGUUACAACACCAGACAGCCUACAGGGGGAGCUGGAGGCACCAGAACUACAGGAGGCAUACACACAACAGGUGAAGAGUGAUAUAAAGAAAAGACUGAGUGAUGAUCCAGACUAUAACCACCAGCGACUUCCCAACACACACAGAGCUUUCUUUGAGGACUAACCAACAGCUCAGUUUACACAUCUGUCUUCUCUUCAUCAAAUGCACGACCAUGAUCAUGAUGUCUCACAGGGAGCACCCAAUAGCGUCUCACGCUGUGAGGGAACCAGUCGUUUUGAAAUCGGCAGCUGACACACGCAACUCAGAUGUUUUCCAUAGUCAAGUGUGUGGAUAGAGACUCUAAAUAUAGACAGAACCUGUGAAGACCGUAAUAGAGGAGCUGGGAUGCUCUGUGAAGAAACUAGACUUUCUUCCUUUUACAUCAUGUGCAAAAGGCACUGUUAUACGGAACAGCAUCUAAUAGUUUUUCGAUGUCACUGAGUCAUCUCAAAGCCAGAUUUACACUGAUACGAUUCAUGUGUCCCUGUCCAUUGUAAAUUAGUUGUAUAUUGCUGUAAUAAUUUGUUUUAAUAAUGACAAUGAUAGCAGUUGUAGAUACUUCAUUUCAUCUUGACCAGCUCAAUGUGUAGAUAAUGCCAAGAUUAUGCCAAGUUCAAUGUUUACAAGGUCCAAACAUAUUGUUGAACAUGAGGAAUUGAUGUACUACACUGCACAAUUCAUCACAUAGGACUUUAAAGUAUGUAGCCAAAGUGAUGCAUUGCUGUUAUUUGUCAUUAUUUCGUGCAUGCCAAAAUCAUACUGUUGGCUCCCAAAUUCAUGUUGUUGAAGAAUGUGGCUGUUCUGAAAUACAAAUGGUCCAUGUCUGGAAUUACUUUAAAAAAAAACGUCUGCCUCCAUGUCUGUUUUGGCCACUAAUAAUCUUAAAGAAACUCGAGCCGGAUUCAUAAAACAUUCUAAAGAAUUAAAUUCUUCUUAACUACUUUUUCUUCAUAUUUUAUGACUCAAGAACAAAUAUUAAGAAUAUUUUGUAUUCCCAAAAAGACAUCUUAAGAUGUUCUUUAUGAAUUGCACUUUUUGCACUUUCUUGCGAACUAUAUUUAUUAAAAGAUUUUUGUGAAUUCGGACGCUGAAUUCCAUUUGCUAUGGUUAUGUUUUACAAAAAUAGCUUUCACAUGUCACUUACCAUAAAUUGAUUGUCCUAUUACAUUCUUAAAGCAGUAAAAUUGUGGCACCCAGGAAGCAAAAUCAUCUGGACCCUUUCAACAGCAAAGACCAAUUGUUUUUAUAUUUACGCCAACUGUAGAGUUGCAUUUGUCAAGUUCAACCACUCAACCCUGUCAUUGUAAGAAAUAGCAUCAAACAGGGUUAUGAAAAUUGCCAGUGUUUAUUGUGCCAUCAUGAGAUGGAUGAAAAACUUUUUCCAAAGAUUAAGCAUCUUUUUUCACUGUCAUGCUUUUGAAAAAAAAAAAAAAGUUCCAUUAUAUGCUACUAAUUAUUUGACACAUAAAAUAAUUAUAAUUCCCUUAUCCAGAGACAACCCUCAAUGGCUCUAUCGGGUUUCUAGUCAGAUAAAUCAGGUGGUUAUAUAUGCUAUUGCAGGCU